CAUUGCCGGAUUGGAUGUCGAGACCAUCUAGGCUAUCAUCCUGUUCCCGACAGGCUUUCGGAGAAGAAGGGAGAAAUCAUUGAAGUUGAAACACGAAAUAAACAGCAGCCUCUGCGUUCCGUGGCGAUAUACGGGGCAAAUAAGUUUUCGUUUGAUUUCGUCCAUUUGUUUGCGUCGCUGCAUUAAGGGCUACCUGGUCAGCAUAUGACUGUUGUUCCCGCAGACCCGGUUCAGGUUCAUUGGGUCAUUCGUGACAAGGGCCCUGGAACGUCGUGGAUGGCACCGCCUGGCUCCUUUCUUCCCAACAAACAGCCAGUUCCCAGUGACCAAGCAGCGAGCACUCGAUCCAUGAGUCUGCUGAAUCCAUGUCUCAAUGAACUGCCUAAAACGGUGUCAUUGGUUCCAUGCUCCAACCAAUGGGGCUGGACUAUCCGUAUAGAAGGAUCAUGGUCGCGGAGGUUAAUACAGGGUAGUCCAUUGGGGCGACUUUGGCUUCGACGACUCUGGGAAUCCAGUGCCCGUAAUAUGAUUAACGCUGCCCAGUAUGACUCGGACUCGAAGAUGCAAAAGCUCCGUCCUGCAACCAACAUCCUUGAUUGCGGAUCUGCAAUCGGAAUUGCCAACCAUGCCAAUUUCUGGGAUACUAUCAGGGCCUCGAAUGUCCACGUCCAUCGGUCCAAUAUCUCUGCGAUUUCGGAAGGCCGAGACGACGCUGUAGUCCAUCUCUCCAACGGCGAACGGAUGCAUUCCGUUGAUUUGGUUGUCCAUGCAACGGGUUGGAAGCCCGCUGUCCCUGUUCACUUUGAGCCUACCAGUCUGGGCGUGUCAUUUGGUCUGCCCUGUCAGAGCCCAUUGUCCAACAAGAGGAGUCACGAUGGAGCCGACACUCGCUACUGGCAUGGACUGGAUGUGGCAACUGAAUCGAGGCUGCGAAAGAUCCAUAAAAAAGAUAAUUCCUCCGUCAAUGAGCGUCCCAUCCGGCGACUUCUCUCCCUAUCGUCUAUUCCGGCGAAUAGUGUUGCCAGCCCUGGCAGCAGAGAGUGAUCGAUCCUUUGCCGUAAUGGGAAUAGUCUUGUCCAGCACCGUUGCUGUUGUAGCAGAAGUGCAGGCGCUUUGGGUAGCUGCUUUUCUGACCGGAACGCUGGAUGGUGAUGUGCCA